AUGAACACCAAUCACAUAUUCUCAAAGAGCAUUAACAUUAUAAGGGAUCAUCGAUAAGAAUAUAAGCCAUCUUAAUAAUCAGGGCAGAAAUAACAGAACAGGAAGGAAUCAGAGGAGGAGAAUGGCAAUGUGCAUUCCACUGAAAUUUUGAGGAAGCCAAUUUCUAAAAAAGUAAUAAUGAUCUAAAAUACUGGCCAAUCAGGAAGGGUUCAGCCUUAGUAAAUGAACAAAAAGAAAGGGAUUCUGAACAUCACUAAAAAGGAUGAAUAAUAAGUAAAGCAAAAUGGUUCAUAUUCAAUAUUUAUCAGAAAUUUGAAAGAAAAUACUAACCCAAAGGAUCUUAGGGAAUUAAUUGAUGAUGAUUCAAAUAUUUUGGGAGUUAGUAUCAAUAAUAAACAAGCGACAAUCACUUUUUCAAAUUAAGCAUCUGCUGAGAAUGCAAUAGAAUUGAUAAAUAAUAACAAGGAUAGGAAUUUGGAGAUGAGAGCAGUGCCAAAUUUUAAAUAGAAUGAUAAAGUAAUAGUGAUUGGACAAUAUUCGGAUAAAAGUAGAGAUGGGAGAUUGAGGAUGGAUGCAAAAGAGUCUAUAUUCGAUCGUAUUCAGAUAAAAAAAUGAUAAGUGCAAUUUUUGUUCAGAUUAUUUAAUUAUUAUUUA